CACCUACAUGGUUAUUUUUGUUGUUGAUUGCCCUUGAUAUCGAGCCGCAAAACACGUCACGUGAUGGCCCAGUAUUGAUGAGUCAUUUAGGCCAAGACUAUACUUGUUCGUAACAUUCAAUUAGCCAGUCCAACCCCAUGGUUUAGGCAGCAAUUGAUCGAAGUCCUCCAGUAUCCUCAUUCGCAAUACUGCAUAGAAAGCUUACCGUUGCAUUGAUGUCAAACUUGCAUCAUGGCAGUGACAGCUCCCGAUACUGCGCACACAGCACCUGUGAUACCAUUAUCGGAAGGAUCACACAGAUCUCUGGCUUCUAUGGUUGUACUAAUACCAUGGGAUCCAGAUUCUCAGCAGCAUAUAGAGCGCUUGAAGCAACAGAGAAUCGCCUGUGGAUGGAAGGAGGAAGCCGUCGAAGGUUGGAGAGAACCUCAGCGGGGAGGGAAGAUUGGGCUACAUUGGAUCGCGCUUACACCCACUCAUUCCGAUGCGUCGUCUCGUCUAGAGCAACACGUGACAGCCUACCCGAACGAGUCGAUACCCUUGAGAGAUACUUGUAAACAAGUAUUCUCUCGUCCGCAUGCUCCUGAUCCACAAGCCAGCUCAUUCUUACCAAUCGGACAUAUCUCACUUGACGUAUCGGUUCCCCACCCAGAAUUGCAGACAUCCGCGUCAGAUGGCGUAUACGCAAUUAUGAACUUCUAUGUUUCCCGAGCGCUUCAUAGCGGUGGUAUAGGGGCGGCCGCUCUCGGCGCCUGUGAAAGGAUGGCAGCCGCCGAUUUCGGUGCCAAGGCAAUGACUCUCAACACCGUCAGCAACAAGGAGUGCACUCCGGACAAUCCCAGGAGGAUAGCCAUGGGGAAGACGGAUAUUCCCAACCCCACGGUCCAGGAUUGGUACGCGCGGCGAGGUUACAAGGUCUACCAAAGCAAGGCAGACGCAUGGUUCGAAACAGACCCUACAGGAAAGCGUUGGGGAGUCACAUGUGUUUUCAUGAGGAAAGAAUUAGUAUCGGUAUCGUGAGCUUGGACACUGUAGGGGGGUGUGGCACAAUCCCCACACACAACGUGGUGAUCUGCGAGGUAGUGGUUCCAAGCGGCGAUGCAGGAGGGUUUUGGAAGAAAACUGUCUCUGGCGCCGUGGGAAAGACAACUUGGCUUGCAUACCGCUGCAGGAACUACUUGUUAACCAGCCCGACUGAUAGAAGAGGCCGCGUGUAUAAUGGUCAUAGCAGCCGCGGUGCCGUGGGGUCUAAUUAUGGUUAUCGUGUUAGCCUCUGGCCUUAUUGGCCGACUAUUACUCCUAGAACACGAACUACAUACUGG